CCUUGCCCUCGGAGCCCGCCCGCGGUGCCCAGUGCGCGGCGCCCUCGGCUCUGCUUCGCGUUCCCUGCCCGCUGCCCAUGUCCCUGCCUGUGGUUCUCCCGGGCUCCUGCUGCCCCGUGGCCGGGCUUUCUGGCGGGCCGCAGGCCGGUGGCCCAGGCGCCGCGGCCACCGCGGCGCAGGAACCGCCGCUGCCCCCGCUGCGGCCGCGCUGGCCCCGAGGCGGUCUGCAGCCCCCGGCGCGGCCUCGCUGCGCAGCCCCCGCCGCCGGGGUGCUGGCCGCGCCGCCCGCCCUCUCCUCGCGCCGAGCAGCCGCUGCAGCCGCGGCUGCCCCGGGCUCCGCGCUGCUGCCUGCCCGCCCGCUGCUGUCGCUCGGGCUGCUGCAGCUGAUCCUGGGCUGCUGCAUGGUGGCGCUCAGCUUCGGGGCGCUGUCGCUGAGCAGCUCCCCCCAGGUGAAGAACUCUUGUCCGUUCUGGGCCGGCUCCUCGGUGAUACUUUCUGGGAUCAUAGGAUUAACAACUUGGAAAAGGCCUAUGAUACUCCUGGUAAACCUCUUCGUGCUGCUCUCUGUAGUUUGUGUCCUACUAAAUCUCGCUGGAUUUAUCUUGGGCUGCCAAGGGGCCCAGUUUGUGUCCAGCGUACCCAGGUGUGAUCUGGUGGACUUAGGUGAAGGCAAGAUUUGCUUCUGUUGUGAAGAAUUUCAGCCAGCCAAAUGUACAGACAAAGAAAAUGCCUUGAAACUCUUUCCAGUUCAGCCUUGUAAUGCUGUUCAUCUUCUACUUAAGAAAGUCCUCUUUGCCCUGUGUGCCUUGAAUGCCCUGACCACCACCGUCUGCUUGGUGGCUGCCGCCCUCCGCUACCUCCAGAUGUUCGCAACCAGAAGAUCCUGCGUGGAUGAAUCCCAGAUUUCUACUGAAGAAGUGGAAGAACAUGGCCACAUCCCAGACCCGGAUGACUUUGUGCCUCCUGUGCCUCCCCCGUCCUAUUUUGCCACCUUUUACUCUUGCACGCCCCGCAUGAACCGCAGGAUGGUUGGUCCUGAUGUUAUUCCGCUGCCGCACAUCUAUGGAGCUCGGAUCAAAGGUGUGGAAGUGUUCUGUCCUCUGGACCCCCCGCCUCCGUACGAAGCUGUGGUGAGCCAGAUGGACCAGGAGCAGGGAUCUUCGUUCCAAAUGCCAGAAGGAUCAGAAGCUGCUGAGAGCCCGCUGGAACCAGCCUGCACACAAGUGACUCAUGGUGGGGACAUUCCUAACACACCUGGAGAAGAAAACACAUCGAUUUCAACACCCAACUCUACCCUGGUGCAUCCUGUGAGAAGCCGGAGAGCCCUCCCAGCCCUGAGGACGAGGUCAAAGAGUGACCCUGUGCUCCAUCAUUCCCAGAGAGCCACCCCCGUGCUCAGCUGUGAAGCCGCGACUCAGACUGAACGGAGACUGGAUCUGGCUGCGGUGACGCUGAGGAGAGGCUUGAGAUCAAGAGCUUCACGAUGCAGACCACGGUCGCUAGUAGAUUACAAAUCUUACAUAGACACCAAGCUGCUGGUGGCAAGGUUCCUAGAGCAGUCCUCAUGCAGUAUGACCCCGGACAUCCACGAACUUGUAGAAAACAUUAAAUCUGUUUUGAAGUCUGACGAGGAGCACAUGGAGGAAGCCAUCACGAGUGCCAGUUUCCUAGAACAGAUCAUGGCCCCGCCACAGCCCAGCACUUCCAGGGCUGGGCUGCCCUCACGGAGACGGCCUGGCCUGCUGCACUUGCGGACCUGCGGGGACCUGAGCACCUUCACUCCAGCAGGAAGGCCACGGGUUGAGAGGAGGCCCCAGCGAGCAGAGGCUGAGCGGCCACAUAGCCUCAUUGGGGUCAUCCGAGAGACGGUCCUGUGAAGCCUGGAAGGCGAAUGGAAGGCUGCUCCGGGGGAAUGAUCCCCUCCUCUCUAUGCCCUUUCCUGCCUGGGAGUUUGGGGUCUCCCUUUGGGAACUCCUUAAAAAGGAGGGGCAUUCUGGAUGACGUCUGUUUCCAUUCUUUGACUGCCUUUUUGCUGACCAAGGGCAUUCCAGGGCAAACGUGGAGGGUCUUCCAGGCCCACUGAGUUUGGAUGCACCGAGUCUGAGUUGUGGAGGCUGCGGGAUCUCCCCCUGCUGCCAGGCCUCACAGCAUGCCCGAGGAUCCCUGCCCUACUGUGGGCAGAAACUGGGCAAAUGAUUCUUUUCCCACCUUACCCCUCGUCUCUCUUUGUUGCUAAUUCUUUCCCUCUUGGAAGGACAGACUGCUGGGCUGCUAUUUAUAGCUGCUCGUGGCCUUUUCCUGCUCAGCAAAUUGGCAGGAAAUGUGGUGAUUAACCCUGAUGUGUCUGCAGUCCUCACACCUUGUUUUAGGUCACCCUCAAAUCAUAUUCUCUUUAGUAAAAACAGAAAAUUUUUAGGUAACAAAUUUUAAUGAAAGACAUUUAGGGAGAAAAUUAUUCAUUUAUUUAUGCUUGCAAAACUAGAGACACCUAAGGCAGAACUGAGAAUAAAAAUGUUUACUUUGGACCCCUGGGCUCGGUGUGCAAUAUUUAUGUUCUGAUGGCCUGGCCUUACCGUACAGAGGGUUGGGAACUUGGAGCCAUGAUGGUCAAGUUUGCUGGGCAGGCCACCAAACCAGUUUAUUUCCAAAGCACCUGAACCCCAAAGGUAACAAUAUGUCCUUCAUUCAUUCAUGUGAGUGCUUGGAUGAAUGGCUUCAAGGAGCUGCAUUCUAGUGGGGCUGUGAACAGUAAAUCAAUAAGGUCAUUACAGAUUGAGGAUUAUUACGAAGAAGAAAGGCGAUGGAUAGGGAGGGCUUCUCAGAGGAAAUGAUGCGUGAGCUGGGCCAUGACUUGGAGAGGCUUACAGUACUGGAGACCACUGUGACCACAACUCAACUGACCACAACUCAGACAGGAGAGAUCAGGCAGGUGCUGCCCAGGCUGCAUUUUGCUAACAAGGCGAUGCCAUGGAGGGAUUCUCAGCAGAAGAGUGACAGAGUUAAUUACAUUUUCAAAAAUCUACACAUAGCAUGGAGAAGAGUUUAAGCCAGACAUGAGUGGAAGUGAGGGGCUGAGUAAGGAGGCUGGACUCUUAGUGGAAGGCUGGCUCCUGCCGGGCACUACUUGUGCACCAGCUGCCAUGAGAAGACUUCGCUCACACUCUCAUCUCAUGCUCUCAGCAGCUUAGGAGGUGGGACCUGUUAUUGUCCCCAUUUUACAGAUAUAGAAAAUGAGGUUGAGUACCAUGCCCACGGUCCCUCAGAAGCUUAGGAGUAGAGCUGACAUUCACAGCCAGGUGGUCCAGCUUGAGACCACUCCAUCCCUCAGUCUCCCAAACAGUAGCAGUGUACCCUCUCAUUCUUCUGUUAAGACUUCUACCCAACCAGCUGUGCCAUAGCGGGGCCAAGGGACAGAGCAAAGAAGAAGGGAAAGACAUUGUUUGGAGACUGGGGGGCUGGGGACGAAAGGGGCUAUGGAAGUAUCUGGAAAUGGGGCAGAGAUGGAGGGUUGUGACCAGGCUGGGGGCCUGGCCCGCUUUCCUAGGGCGAGCCGUGUUUGGGGCAGGUCUACAGGGCUUCCCAGAAGGGCAUUCCUCUCUUCUUACCUGCUGCCCCAGGCAUCAGUUCCCUAUACAGGCGCACGCUCUUCCCACUUCUCCAGAAGUCCUUGCUGUUGGCACCACUGCUGUCCACUGGGCCUGGUCCACUGCCCCAGGGGAAGCCCCUGCCUUCUUUGGACACCUCACCACAGCUCGCUGAGCCUCUGAGGACUGGCCCUGCAGCCCAGGCUGCUCCUUUCCUCCUGACAGCUGCCUAGUUGCCCUCAACCUGGUUUCUCCCUGUGAGGGCCAGCAGCUGGGAAAAGGAAUGACCUUCCCUCACUCCGGCCUGUCCAGGCCUUUCCUGCCCUUCUCAUCUUUUUUUUAAAUUAUUACUCUGGGAGAACAUACCUUUCCACUUUCUCCUCUGAAACCUGCUGCCCACCUCCAACUGCCACCAUAGGCCUCCCUGUAUACCUGGAAGGCUCGGGGUAGACAGGCGGGCACUGCAGGUGUGGACUGUGUGACCUCCAGCCUUGGGAGAACAGGCACAGAGAUGGCCUCAGCCAUGCCGAGGAAAGGGCAAUGUCAACCCACAGCUAGAAGAGGAAAGGAGAUGUAAAACCUGAGAGCAUCACCAAUGUACAAUCACCAAAAUGUGGAAGCAACCUAAAUGCCCACCAACCCAGGAAUGGGUUAACAAGCUGUGGUAUAUGUAUCCCACAGAAUAUUAUUCAGCCACUAAAAAGAUGGAAACUUUAAAUCUUUUGUAUUAACCUGGCUUGAAUUGGAACACAUUCUUAAUAAAGCAUCCCAAGAAUGGAGAAGCAAAAGAAUACUUUUUUAGGAUGAUCUUGGGCAAGAAUAGUAAGGUCUGAUAAGCCUUUAUCCUCUCUAAACCACAAAGUAUGGUAACUAGUGGUUGUUCUUUACCAUCUCCCUGUAAAUUUAUAUUCAUGGUCACCUAUCACAACACAAAUGGACAUUUAUUGUGUAUCAAGGUAUUGCAUUUGCUGUGAAAGAACUUGAUUUUCAGAAUGUGUGA